CUUAAACUGUAGUAUUGGUAUUGCCUCUCUUUUGACUCCAUCCUUCAAUCAUGGCUGUCUUCUCCCUCCUCAUUCUCCUUUUCUCUGCUCUCUCUUUCUUUUUUCUCCCUACCUUUCUUAUCAGCGGCGAGCCUCCACAGCUCCGCCGGGCUAUACAGAACACAGCUCAUUCCAGAGCAUUUUCACAAUGACACCCCAACUACCUACUUCGAGGUCACUAAGCCCAUAAAGCUCCCAAAGACCAAACCUUGCUCAUACCUACUUCUCCAACAUGAUUUCGAAAACACGUACUGGCAGCAGCCCGUUCUUGCGAACUACACCCGCCCUUCGAACUGCCCAUCUCAGAAUUUCUCCAAAAUUGUUCUUGAAUGGGAGGCCACGUCUAAAGGCAGGCAAUUUGACCGGAUCUUUGGGGUCUGGCUCGGUGGUGUUGAGAUCCUCCGCAGCUGCACUGCCGAACCUAGAGCGACGGGCAUUGUGUGGACAGUUAAAAAGGACAUUACUAGGUAUUAUCCUUUGCUGAUGAGCAGUGAUCAGAUUCUUGCUGUUUAUUUGGGCAACCUUGUUGAUAGUACUUAUACUGGUGUUUAUCAUGUGAAAAUCAAGAUUCAUUUUUACCCGUAUGAAGAAAAGUCUAGUUUUUAUUCUGGGGUUGCUGAUUUAAUACUUCCAGUUUCAAGAAAUUUGCCGUUGAAUGAUGGGUUAUGGUUUGAGAUCCAGAAUUCAACAGAUAUCUCCUCAGAGGAGGUCAAGAUUCCUCAAAAUGCUUAUAGGGCUGUAUUGGAGGUUUAUGUGUCAUUCCAUGAAAAUGAUGAGUUUUGGUAUUCCAAUCCUCCUAAUGAUUUCAUAGCUGCAAAUAACCUUACUGAUGUUUUCCCUGGGAAUGGACCAUUUAGAGAGGUUCUUGUCAGUCUAGAUGGUAAAGUUGUAGGAGCUGUUUGGCCCUUCACUGUGAUUUACACAGGAGGCAUAAAUCCUCUCUUAUGGAGACCCAUUACUGGAAUAGGUUCAUUUGAUCUCCCUUCAUAUGACAUUGAGAUAACUCCCAUGUUAGGGCUAAUGUUAGAUGGGAAGAGUCAUAAGAUCUCAUUCAGUGUCACAAAUGCAUUGAAUGUUUGGUAUAUUGAUGCAAACUUGCAUCUUUGGUUGGAUGGUGACAGUAAAAAAACAGAAGGGAAGCUCAUAAAACACAAAAGCUUCCCUCUUUCCUUGUCUCCAGAGUCAAACUUCACUGGCUUAAACGGUUCUUUCUUGACAGAGUCUAAUCGGACCAUACAGUCGACCGGAUGGGUGAAUUCAUCUCAUGGAGUAAUUCGUACCAAAACAGUUCAAAAUUUCAAGUAUUCCAAUUUCAUGGUUAUAGGGAAUGAAGGGAAUAUGCAGAUGGUAAACCAGACAAUUCAUUUCCGGGAUGCUGUUUAUUCCAAGAAGCCGUCUUCUUCAAGUCAUUCCUUCAAAUCUGCUAAGAAAUUCUAUGUGUCUUUGCAUUCUGAUAGCAUGGAUCAAGGAAAUAAAACAUUUACUUCUGUGGCGAAUCUGACAUUGGGAUUCCAUGAAAAAACGAUCAAAUCUUUAGGUUCAAGAUUAUCCAAUACUUCUCUCAAGAAUUUACAGAAGGGGAAUGGAUCCUUGCUGGUAAAGGACAACUUGGUUGUGAAUGGAUUGGCGAGUACUCAACAAGCAUACCAUUAUAGUGAAGAUUCUUUCCGCUACUCGAGAAAUAUUGGCAGCUCAAACUACACUAUUCUCUAUGACAAACAAAAAUAUGCAUGAAAUUGAUGAGAUUUUGUGUUUUCAAAUAUACUACGUAUGUUUUUGUUUAAAAAUAUUACCGGCUACAACCUUCCCCUCAAGUGAAGGGCGAUUUCGGAAAGAUAACAAUGGAAUUUUGGUUAUACUAUAAUUACAUGAAAAAUUCCUUUUGUACACGUUCUUAUACACAUCAAUAUACUUCCGUGUUUGUGAGCGUUUUUUUUUGUCUGUGAAUCUCAAUCGAUAGACAAAAACUGGCUUGUUUUGUCUGUAGAAUUUUCACAGACAAAACAAGCCGAUUUUGUCUGUGAAUUGGGAUUCUUAGACAAAAAAACCUCUCACAGACACGGAGGUGUACUGGUGUAUAUAAGAAUGUGUACACCAAGAAUUACAUCUAAUAUCUAAUGAUAUUAGAGGAACAUUGCUAACAUCUAAUACUACUCCCUCCGCCCCGCAAAGAAGUUCACGGUUUGAUCUACACAUAUUAAGGAAAUAAACUUACCAGGGGGUAAAUUUUACUGUUUUGACGCUGUUUCGACACUGUUUGGCAUUGUUUGAUACUGUUUUGCACUGUUUGGCACUGUUUUGAUAUAGAUAACUUCUCAUUUAAGGAAAGGAGGACUUCUUUUUGGGACUGCUAAAAAAGGAAAGCGGGAACUUCUUUGCGGGACGGAGGGAGUAUGAAUUAUGUUGUACUCUGUAGUCUAUGCGAUUAUUGUUAUUUUUGUUUUUAUUAUUAAGGGUCUUUGUCUAUAUUUACUCAAUGUAUGAAGUAUAUAUUAUAACAAUUUCUAAUGUAUUCAAACAACUCGCUCAAGAAAAGAUUUAGAAAAAUUUCAUGAUUUUUGCGGCAACAUUGAAACACUCUAUGACAGAAGUAUUAAUGUUUCAUGGUUUAAUUAUUAUCAUUA